AUGCGUGGUUUUGUGGUAUUGUAUUUGGUUGCCUUGUGUUCCGCUUCCCAUCAAGGCUAUGAUUAUUCUAGUCAGAAAACUGCCGACAAUGCUGGUCUUUAUGGUACACAAUCAUUGGUGACAAAACGUUUCUUCAUUCAUUCUGCACCUGAAGAGAAGGGUGUCGAAGUACAGAAACAUGACAUUGCUGUGGGUACACUACGUACAAAUUACAAUGUAGUUUUUGUUAAAGCACCCAGCGAUAAACAACAAAAGAUUAAGGUCCGUGUCACCCCAGCUGUUAAUGAAGAAAAGACUGCCGUCUAUGUUUUGUCCAAGAAAGCUGAUGCUCCUCUCCUUGAGACUAUUGUUCAUGAGCCUGCAACUACCACCAGCAAACCUGAAGUUGCAUUCAUUCAAUAUCGCACCAAUGAAGAAGCUGAACAUGCUCAACAUCACAUCCAAGCUGAAUACGAUCGUUUAGGUGGUACCACCAGCAUCUCGGAUGAAGGUGUUUCAGAUGUCAAAUCGGUAAUUGGUAUUUUGGAUAGCCUUCAACAGGGAGGUGUUUCAUCGAAUUAUUUGCCACUACAACAUUAA